UCUCACUGAUUGGCUGUAUGGCAUCCUCUAACCCCACCCACCCCACUGUGUCAUGACUAUCAUCAUUUCUGCUGCAAAACCCGUGACUGCUGCUGCUGCUGCUGCUGCUCGCUCUCACUCUCUGUAUCUCUGUGUCCAUUGAGUCAUUGUUAGAGAUGUGGUGGUGCAUGUGUAGAGUUGGUGCUGUCACUGAGCAAGGAAUGUUUCAAAACAGAAGACAACGGUUCAGUUAUGACCUCAGAAAGACUCGGCCCGAGGACAGACUGACAGGAGCACGGGAAGAUGAAUUGAUGGGAAGCUAUAAAUGGAUGGAGACAUGAGUGGAUAGAAUCCGGCUGGUUGGCUUGCUGGAGGCUUUUAAGUGACUGAGGAAAACUAAUGGACAGAAUAGAAAGAAGACAGACGCCAAAGGACACAGAGGCAGCACAGACUGACAAUUUGUCACAUUUGCUGAAACGGUAAAGAAUUAACAAUGGAUAAAAGGACAAUAAAGUGACAGUGUUUUGGUUUUUUCUGCUGACAACUGAUGACGCAAGUAACGGUUUUGUGGGAUGACAUGCAGAAAUGGCCCCAGCACUACAACAAAUAUGGAGCAUAAUACGCUGACAGAUUACUGUUAAUGAGUGUGGGAAAGAAAGGACAUAGGGUGAGAGUGGGCAGACUGUCAACAAUAAUGACUGUGUGCCAGCUGGCAACUGCUAAGCAUGCUGGGAUAGCAGAUCCGGACACUGACUGACCAACUUGAGUAACGUACACUAUCAGUUACUAGUAAGACCCCAGUGACAACUGGUUGUCUCAAAGCAUGCUGGGACAUCGGGUUUGCCAGAGAUGGUACACCUGAGUAUGCUGGGACACCGGAAACAAUACAGCGGUCUGUCAGAGCAGUGAGGAUGAACAGACGAGGCCAGACCAGAGGCCAGAGGUUUGUCAAGGCAGACUACUUCGAACUGGACUGGUACUAUGAGGAGUGUACUGAUGUGCUGUGUGCUGACAGAGUGGGCCAGAUGACGAAGACCUAUAGUGACAUUGAUGCUGUCACUCGACUGCUGGAAGAGAAAGAGCGCGACUUGGAGUUAGCAGCUCGCAUUGGCCAGUCACUGCUGAAAAAAAACAAAGCCCUCAGUGAGAGGAACGAACUGCUGGAGGAGCAAGUAGAGCACAUACGAGAGGAGGUAUCUCAGUUGCGUCACGACUUGUCCAUGAAAGAUGAGCUGUUACAGUUCUAUACCAGCGCUGCCGAGGAAAGUGAGGGGGAGUCUACCACCUCCACACCUGUCCGUCCCAGUGAAAACAAUGUGUCAACUCCAAUUGUUUUCCCCCUGGACUCGUUGCAGAAGAAACUCAAAGAUCUUGAGGAAGAAAACAAAUCUUUGCGAUCUGAGGCCAGUCAUUUGGAGACAGAAACUAUCUCCUAUGAGGAGAAAGAGCUGCAACUUGUCAACGACUGCGUCAAAGAACUACGUGAUGCCAACGUGCAGAUUUCCUCUCUGGCUGAAGAGCUGGCUAGGAGGACUGAAGACGCCUCCAGACAGCAGGAGGAGAUCACACACCUCCUCUCCCAGAUUGUAGAUCUCCAGAAGAAGGCCAAGAUGUAUGCCGUGGAGAACGAGGAGCUGACUCAGCACUUAGGUGCAGCCAAAGACGCCCAGCGACAACUCACUGCGGAAUUGCGAGAGUUACAAGAUAAGUAUGCAGAGUGCAUGGAGAUGCUGCACGAGGCUCAGGAGGAGCUGAAGAACCUGAGAAAUAAAACUCUACCGCUCAGCACACCGAGGCGUUUCCAUUCUCUGGGUCUGUUCCCAAUGGACUCUCUGGCAGCAGAAAUAGAGGGCACCAUGAGGAAGGAACUUCAGAUGGAUGAUCCAGAUGUAGAAGAGCAGAGACUACACCCAAAGCGAGUGUUCCAGACAGUGAAAAACCUGAACCUGAUGCGUCAGCAGCGUUCAUCGCUAGCCCCCUCCCCCCUCAACAUCCCAGGCUCCAAUCAGACAUCAUGCCUCACCUCAGGGCUCUCCAGCAGGGUGGGCACGCCACGCUGCAACUCCAUAUAUGGCAGCGAGACGGGAAGUGGGAUCAUCCUGGACAAUCGGACUAGCAGUAUCCUGGAGGGUCCAGAUGAUGGGUCAGAGGACUCUAACAAGCGGACCCCUGGAACCCCAGGGACCCCGGGCAGCAGGGACCUGGAGGCAGCCCUGCGACGUCUGUCUCUCCGCCGAGACAACUACCUCUCAGAAAAACGCUUCUUCGAGGAUGAGCGGGCGCGAAAGCAGGCUUACUUGGCCAAAGAGGAAGAAAAGGGAGGUGAAGGAAGUAGUGGAGGCCUGGCGACACCGACGGAGAGCCUGUUGUCGCUGUGCUCGCAUCCCUCCUUAGGAAGCGCCUGGUCGGGGUACUCGUUCACAGCCAGAUCCUACCUGCCGGAUAAGCUGCAAAUUGUAAAGCCACUAGAAGGCUCUGCUACUCUCCAUGCAUGGCAGCAGCUGGCUCAACCCCACAUGGGAGCUCUGCUUGAUCAUCGGCCUGGUGUGGUCACAAAGGGCUUCUGCACUUUAGCACACGAGCAGGAACAGGAAGACGGCUGGCACCUGGACCAACCAGAGGAGGACGAAGUUUCAUGUGACUCAUUCACUGGCUUAUCAGGAGAGAGCUCUGUUCCCAUGGACCGGCCUUGCUCUACCUCUUCUCCCUUUGUCUGCUGCAUCAACAAUGGAGACGUUGAUGACCGAAGCCAAUCGGAUACAUUGCAAGGAGACGUAUGCAGGGCAAGAGAAGCGAUUCAAGUCAAAGAUGGACAUGUUGCAAACAUGCCUCUUUCCUUCUCCUGCCCCUCCCCUUCUUCUUCUCCUCCUCUCCCCUCUUCUUCCGAGAUGAACGGGCACGUGGACCUCAAGGAGCUCCAGGCCUUACAGCCCGCCACAGUGGACCGUUUGUCUGUUAAUUACCCAGGGAAGUGUAUGUCCCAUACUAGCUCUACAUACACCUUCACCACCUGCAGGAUUCUCCACCCCUCUGAUCAGCUGACCUCUGUGUCACCAAGCUCAGCUCUUGCUUCUUGUCAGAGCAGUGCUUGCAUCGGCACCCCUACCACCACCUCCUCCUCUCCUAUACCCUUCUCUGCCCCACAUACACCUUCCUACACCCCCUGCUGCACCCCACGUCGCCUCUCCCUCUCCCUUUCACUAGCCGAGUCCUCCACCAACCUUAGGGACUCCACCAAGACCACCAGCACCUCCCUUGGCCUGGUGCGCCUCCUGCUGGAGCAUGGGAUUUCUGCCUCAGUGUAUGACCCCCGCAGCUGGGACCGAGGUUUCGACGCCAGCGGAGCUUCAACGCCCGUGGGAGGAACGCAGACGCGAAGGAGCACCGACACGCCAGAGGAGACUGAACACAGACGAGGGGAGAAACGCCCAGACAGCCUCCUCUUCCAGCCCUCCACCCCACCCAACUCCCCCCUUCCUAAAUCUGACUUUUCUAGCACCACCCGUCCAGCUUUUCAGUUCAGCCCUUCCACUGACAACCCGCCAUUUUAUGACACCUUCCUCGCCUCGAAGCCGGCUCGUACCAUUCUGAGGGAAGUGCUGGGGGAGGCGGAGAGGGAGCGAGGGGGGCAAACCGAUGACGACAGCCAAACGGAGAAGCUGAACCUGCGACUUGUGGACAAACUAAAACGUUUCCGCACCCUCUCCCAUCAUGCUGGUUCUGUUCCAUCUGGGAGUACUCUGUUAGCCCCCUUUGGCUCUACUGGACUGGGGAACAGUGCACUGGGUGGGGGGCUUCCAGGUUUGAAUGCAGGGCUGAGGAGGAAUCGAAGCUAUCCUGCCAUGGUAGGGGCCAGUAUGGCUAUGAAAGACCCAGGAGGCCCCCCCAGCGCAGAGAUAGUCAUACCACAUAUGAUGCAAACCCCACAUACCCAGCACACGGUGCACACACGGGAAAUGGACAAAAUGCAAAGAAAUCACACACCAGCCAUACCACAGACGCUACAUGAACUAGAAAUGGUCACACCACAGACGAUAAAACCGAGACGCACCAGGCCAAGCGACGGAUUGUGGUAUUUAACAUGCAAUGACCAACACAGUGACGACGAAACUGGGACAUAAUAGGAGAUAUUCAAAACCAAAUAACCUACAUGACUAUAUAGACAUCCUUUCGCUAUAGAGUAUGCCCAGACCAAACAGCUAGAGCGAUGAGCAGUGCAGUCCACCUACAGACUCAACUAAACGGUCUCUCCUAACCAGUCCAGACUCGGUAUUUCAACAAUCAUCAGUAAACUGAAUUAAAUGGUGGUGAAUAAGUAGUGUCUGACACUGUUACACUGUGUUAUAUCCAUAUACUGUCAGACCGGACUAAUGAUGGAGUAUGUUGCCUUCCUCUGUGUCCAUUGUAAUUGUAUAUUGCAUAUGCAAUAUACUGUGUCAUAUAAUGUUAAAGGCCCAAUCUGGUGGGAGUACUGCAGAGCCCCUUUUUAGUCUCAUGUCCCUUCUCAACCUGUCGGAGUGCAGUGAAUUUUAAAAGUACAGUACUGGCCCGAAAUAUAAUAGUUUUUUCUUGAGAUUAUUUAUGAAGAAAUGAAAAAAAAAAAAAA